UUCAAACCCUAGAAAAAUAGUCGUGAUGUUCAGACGACUUUGGAGGUAAAGCUCAUACAUACAUAUUCUCUUCAACUGCUAUAUUUAAGCCUCAGUAGUUUUCGUCUCUCUUGAACAUAUGCACACGUUUCGAGUUCCUUCCAACAGUUGAAGCCAGAAACAGAAACAGUGGUUCCGAUGCAUGGCAAGAGGCCCCUCUCAUCCAAUCAUGAAUCCGACGGCGACGAUCCAUUUUCCCCAAUUUACUCAUCGGCCAGAUCCCAGCUAGACAUGUCUGCCAUGGUCACCGCCCUCUCUCAGGUUCUCGGCUACACCGGCGACAACCCGCCGGAAUCCCUCCACCAAGCUUCUCCACCACCGCCACCCCACCACACCCAAACUCAGCGCCCUCUAGAACAAGGGAGCAGUGCAAAUCCAAGGAGGAGACACUACAGAGGGGUCCGGCAGCGGCCGUGGGGAAAAUGGGCGGCGGAGAUUCGCGACCCGAAGAAGGCCGCGCGAGUGUGGCUGGGCACCUUCGACUCCGCGGAGGCUGCGGCCCUCGCCUACGACGAGGCCGCGCUGAGGUUCAAAGGAAACAAGGCGAAGCUCAACUUCCCCGAAAGGGUUCAGGGAAGAACUGAAUUCGGGUAUCUAACGAAUGGCGGCCGCGGCGCCAUGCCUACUCAAACUCCUCCUCCUCCUCCUCCUACCCAAGAAAACUACCUCAACGUUCAUCACUACGAGGAUCUUCUUCGCGGUAAUAGCAGCACCUUCAGCUAUGGGAACUCAUCUUCUUCGCAAGGGUUUUACGGAGGAGGGCCUUUUGUUUCGAUGCCGAUGCCGAUGGCGGCUUCGUCUUCUUCUCUUGCACCUGCUUCUCAGGAAGAUGAGCAGAGAGAGCAAGAUUUUCUGGGGUUUCAGUCGCACACCUCUGCUGAAAACUGGGAGGAAUAUGAAACCAAGAGUACAAGGAGUUAUUUCUUUUGAGGAAUCAGCACUAAUUAAUUAAUGUAUCCAAUUUUUAUGUAACAUUUUGAAGUUUAAUGAAUUACAAUAUCAAUUGAGCGUACAAAAAUACUGCUGGUUGGCAACCAAGCGGGUCUUAGGUCGGGAAUCGAGUAAUCUAGUAUGCAUGAGUUGUAACUCAAAAAAAUAUAAGGUUUGUUAUAUAUUUCAUAAGAUACAAUUUUACUUUAUAUAUAUUUAUUUUCGUUUUAAUUUCGCUGAUAUCUAAUAAUAUUAUGACAGGUCUUAAUUUUAAUUAGGCCUAUAUCCUGAUAAUAGGAUGAUUUGUAUCACGUAGAGUUUGAGUUUACAUUUAAAAA